CGGAUUCCCUGCGAAGCUGGGCGGCUACCGUAGAUUGCUACCUUCGGUUUUCUGAUGCCUUUGUGUCAGUCGCCUUCAGCCUCUGCUGCGCUGCUGCGAGAGCAAGACCGUGCUUGCGCAUCCUGGCCCCAAGAAUUUUGCAGGUGAAACCCAUGCUGUGAUUCUGGGGAUCGUAACAAAUGUGGUGAUAUUCAAUUGGGAAACCAUGUCUGGGCGGCCAUUUACCAUACUCAGAAUUCCAUUUCUAGAUGCUAGUCGAUGUCGGUGACUGUUUGGGCUGAAGCUUAACUCCGAGCAAGUCUAUACUCAGGGCCAUAUUCAGGUGAUCCUUUUUGAGAACGGGCAUUAUUCAAGAAUGGCAAUUUAUUACUGCAGAGGAUGCAACCGAUGUCUAAACCUUAGCGACGAGUUCCUGUAUCCACCGAAGACAUACUUCGAAGCCGGCAACAAAGGCACAGUGUCCUUCUCGGCAGUGGAUAAGACCGACUUCCGCCAAAAGGAGCAGAACAAAUGCUUCCCAUUCUUUGAGACUUUGGAUUACUGGGGCUUUCGAAGACGGCGCACAAAGCUGACUUGCGGAGCAUGUGGGAAGCACUUGGGUUAUAUCUACUACGACGUGCCUGCUGAGCCUGAAAUCGGUCAGGGCGGAUUUGGGCACUCUCAAAUGGUUCCUCGCCAUCCGCGUUACCGCAUGAAGCGAGAAGCCAUUCGGAUUUCUGGUUAAUGUGGCUUUGCAUGUGUUUUAAGCUCACGUUUUCACCCAGUUAGUUGUAAUUAUCAUAACCAUUCUUUCUGAAUGCGUGAUGUAUGCUGUUCUGUUAUCUUAAACUAGAUUAGUAUCAGAAAAUUUGCCCCUAGCCUGUAUGUACAAGCCAGCUGAUAGCUUUGCUUAUUCUUGUUAAGCGUGCAUAUUCGAAACCUUCUUUGAAUCUUGUAUCCUUGGAUAUUUUGUAAGUUCAAUCUUUUGGGUGCGUUGAGGUUUUUUCACUGA